AUGGGAUCUAUACCAGCUGCAGGAUGGAGAGAGCUCGAUGUCGGUGUUAUCGGUGGUGGCAUUGGCGGAAUGAGCGUUGCAAUUGCUCUCCGCCGCGCUGGCCACAACGUUACUAUCUAUGAGCGCAACGAUUUCGCCGGUGAAGUCGGUGCAUCCGUCUCAUGCGCCGCGAACGGCACCCGCUGGCUACACGAAUGGGGAGUGGAUGUUGCAAAGGGUGACCCCGUCAUUUUGAAGAGCCUCAUUAACCGAGACUGGAAGACGGGCGAACCAGUCAGUGUCUACAGCCUCGACGACUACGAGAGCCGCUGGGGCUACGUUUACAACAUGUUCCACCGUCAAUACAUGCAUGCCAUGCUCAAGGAUACAGCCUUGCAGGAUGAGGGCAAGGGAAGUCCCGCAAAGCUGCUUGUCAACCACAAGUGCAAAGGCAUCGACUUGGGCGCUGGAAGCGUCAGGUUUGAAAACGACCACUCUGCGACACAUGACCUCAUCAUUGGCGCCGACGGCAUCGGCAGCGCGGUGCGGGGCUUCAUCGGCGUUCACCCGGAGAAGCGCCCCGCCGAAUCCAGCUGCUUGCACGCCAACGUCCUCACAGAGGAUGCGAUCAAGGCCGGGCUUGUCGACUACUCCCAGGAUAGUGCGCUUGAAUACUGGGGUGGGCAGGAGGGCAAAUGGGACAAGAUCGUCCUCUCUCCCUGUAACGGCGGAAAACUUCUAUCAUACUACUGUUUCUUCCCGAGAGAAGUCGGGGAUUACGUGAACCAGGCCUGGGGUGUUGAGGACCGUCCUGUCGAGGAACUGCUCGCGCCAUUCCCUGGGCUGGACAAGCAAGUACGCGCUCAUCUGGCUAUCGGCAAGGAUAUCCAACCUUGGCGUUUGUGGAUGCAUGACCCGUACCCCUACAUCAACAAGGGCAUGGUUUGUCUCCUGGGCGAUGCAGGACACCCUAUGAUGCCUCACCAGAGCCAGGGUGCAUGCAUGGCCAUCGAGGACGCCGCUGCGCUCGGAAUCCUUUUCCACCCAAAAUACUUCAACGGAGACGUUGCAGAGACUCUAGAAGUCUACAACACGGUCCGCCUGCCCCGCGCCACCCGUGUCCAGGCCGCGGCUGCGAAGGCGGCAUACAAUAUCAACGAGCGUAUUGGAUUCUCAAAUAACACAAACACGAGCACCUACAAGGUGGCAGACGAGAAGGCGAAGCUAACGAUCGAGGAAAUGAACGCUUACGACAUGUACAAGGAUAUCGAGCAGGCCAUUGCUGAGCGGCAAGGAAUACCAUUCACCCAAAAGUUCAUCAGGGGCUUGCCAGUAGGACUCGAAUUAUCUCCCGGUGUCAUUGUCGGACAAUAA